CACACACUGCGCACACACGGACGGGAAGCUUCCAGCUUUCAGUUUAAGUUUCACUUCCAGCGUCUCCAGACACCGAGCCGGUCGACCAUGCCCGGCCGAGGAGAGAGACAAGAGGCCAAAUGAAAAACAAUAAAAUAGUCACUCAAUUAUGCUCCUGACUAAGUAGUUCACUGAUUGGGACAUGCGCUGCCCCGGGCUGCGGUGGAUAUAUGGUUGACUCAAGAACACAUUUGUUUCAUAAUUUUCUUUGCGGGGAACUAACGCAUACCUGUUGUGAUGGAGAACCGCAUGCUGGUGACAUGCGUGCUGCUGUGCGCGCUCCUGCGGCCGACGGCUGCACAGAACACCGCACCUGAAGCAGUGCUGAACUGCUGCGAGGGAGACGUCCUCUUCCUGCUGGACUCCUCGGGGAGCGUGUCAUCCUACGAGCACUCCCGCAUGCUCACCUUCCUGUCGGAGCUCCUCCUCCCCUUCUCGCUGGGAGAGGACCAGGUGAGGGUAGGACUUCUGCAGGUGGGCACCCGGCCACAGCUGGAGUUUGGCUUCAACGCCCACAGCACCCAGAGUGCCCUCCAGGGGGCCCUGAGGAACAUCAAACCUCUGCGGGGGGACACCAACACAGUGGAGGCGCUGAAGAUAGCCAAGGAGCAGGCGCUGAGGCCCGGAGCGGUGGGCGGGGCCCGGGAGGGGCUCCCGAGGGUGCUGCUGUGGUUGACGGAUGGGGUGAAGCCGGGGGAUGUGAUGGGGCCACUGGCGGAGCUGCGGGAGGAGGGCGUGGCUGUGCUGGUGGUCUCCACCGGGCAUGGCAACUAUCAGGUGCUGAGGCAAGUGGUGUCUCCGCCUGUGGAGAGCCACCUGCACUUCGUGGACAUCGAUGAUAUGAGUAUCAUCACAGAGGACCUGCGGGACGCCAUCAUCGAGAUCAUCCGAGCCGAGCGCAUGACCGUCCGCGACGUCUCCACCGACUCAGCCACGCUCCAGUGGCGGCCCGUCCUGUCCGGUUUGAAUGGUUACUACGAGAUCCGCCUCGGUUCUCUGCUGCCAGGUGAGACAGGAGGCGGAGGAGGAGGAGGAGGAGGAGGUGGAAGUGGAAGUGGGACCAGUCCGAGCACCAGCGGUAGUCAGUACCAGAGGCUUACCCAGCCUGCAGACUCCAGCACUACCAGGCUAACGGGCCUGAAGCCUGACACCACCUACACCGCCACGCUGACUCCGGAGUCCAACGCGCAGGCCUUUAACACGCUCUCCGUCAGCUUUACUACAAAGCCAGAGGUGCUGAGCCCAGCCGUGGUGACGGUCUCUGAGUCGGGCCAAACCAGCGUCCGGGUGAGUUGGGGUCCCUCUCAGCCGGAGAAGGUCACUAGUUACUACGUGGAGUACUCUGCCCUGCCCAGGGGCAAGCUCCACGCUGUCACGGUGGGCCGGAUGCAGAACUCCACGCUCCUCAGGGACCUCCAACCAGACACCACGUACCUGGUCACAGUCAGUGCCCGGCACGCCUCGGGCACGGAGAAGGCCAUGUCCGUCAAAGUGUGCACUCAGGAAGUGACUCCAGCCCUGGCGGACCUCCAGCUGACCACGGUGGGCAGUGACUCGGUGCAGGUCGACUGGAGGAGCAGCUCUGGCAGUCUGAGGGGCUACUGGCUCACCUGGGAGGGACAGCAGAGCUCGGUCCCCAGCGAGCGCUCCUCCCUCUAUUUGCCUCCCGACUCUCUGUCGACGCGCCUCACGCACCUCCCCCCAGCAACCAGAGUGUGCGUGUCGCCCAUUUACAAGACGGCGCGAGGGGAGGGGCUGUGCUGCACCGCACAGUUCCAUUCAAACGCAUUACCAUAUGGCUUCCAAUCAUAGCACCUCAUGAGCUGCAAGUGCUCCCUACCAAACAUGGAGGCACGAUGGCAAGAAGAAUGCUGACUUUUCUUCCUUAAUUCUUUUCCAUUGCCUCUCCCCUCUGUGGAUGUCAUCCAGGAGAGAUGUGUGGUUUGGCUUACUGAGCACUCACGUCGAAGCCAAAGACACUUGAGAGUGGUCCGGGACAAUAAGGCCACAUGUUGCUACAACGUGCAACACAGAGGCCGAUUUGCUUUUCCAUUUUCUUUUUCUCGUCUCAUCUGGUUUACACCUGCAGUAAAUGAAUACAUUUACAGAUUAGGGUUGCAAGCAUGAGAUGAACAUUUCUCUUUGGUCUGUUUUUAGCAGAAACAGAACAGGGCGUGCUGGGAAUGUUGAAUAUUUUACGUGGCUUGUUCUUGGGAAAGUCUUUGCACCAUAUGUGGGCCUCGUGUCCAAAUCGGCUCUUUUUUUUUCUUUCUCCAAAUCCUGCUUACACACAGAGAACAUAUGAUUUACAUUUAUAAUGAAUACUUAUGAGUUGUACUUAAAUUACUUCGCUUUCAGCACAUGCUUGAUACUUGUGUGUGCGGUAAGGGAACGACAACGUGAGGUCCCUAAUAACAGGGCCUUCAGGAUUGCUUUGAACGGAGCGUCCACAUGUCCUGUCACCGCAGGGAUGCUGGGUUUGAUACAGACGUGCGUAACUGAGAGUACUUUCUGUCCGUGGACAUGGAUCCAUUAUUCAUAUUUAUUAAUCAAGAAUCAUGUAAGUAUGAUAAUUAAUAGCGCACAGUAUUUACAGACAUGCUGUUUACGUAUUAAGACUGUUACCUUCUUUAUAAGCGAGUCUCUGCUGCCCCCUACUGAAAGGAUCCUAACAGGCUUACAGCUGAUCUUUUACUGGCAUUCUCAGAGCAAAUGUAUUGUUUAAUGUUGGUUGACCACUAUUGAAAUGUAACAUGUGUAAUAGAAAAAUGCAAUAA